AUGAUCUGGUAUACCGCCGUCCCGCACACAAUGUUCUCAUAUCUCGAACAUCAACAUGUCUCUGACGUAUUUUACUUCUGCGCUACAAUAAGAUACCGAAAAGUACUUGGACAGUGUGCAGUGAGUAGUGAGCACAGUAUUACAGGGCGGCGUCUGCAGUCAAGUCACGUCGCCUCUGAUCGCUGCGCAUGCGCCUGCGCGGAGACACAAAGUGCACGUGGCGUGCCACAAAUAAAUCAAUGCAUUCGAGAGUGGAUCUGGAGCAGCCAGUACAAGCCACCUUUUAUGAUACAUAAAACUUUCUACGUGUACUUUAUGGUCAGUUACAAGCGCAAUCAUGUUAUACCAAUUGAACAUAGAUAA